AUGGCACCAGCUCGUGUUAUGGAAAUAACAGGUUCGGUGGACCAGGGGUAUAUACCACCAUCAGAUGCGCCCCACGAGAAUGAAUGGUACAACCAAGACUUUGACGGUUACCGCAUUACCGAGCAACCUCUCCACGCGAAGCGCCACCUCCGAAUCGUGUGUGUCGGAGCGGGUGCAGCGGGCCUCCAGAUUGCUUACAAGGCUGAACGCGCACUUUCAGACAUUGAUCUGCAGAUAUACGAAAAGAAUUCUGAUGUCGGUGGCACGUGGCUGGAGAACAGAUAUCCUGGAUGCACCUGCGACAUUCCUUCGCAUUCGUACCAAUUCACAUGGGCGAGGAACCCAAACUGGAGCCAGUAUUACUCGAGCAGUAAAGAGAUAUGGCAGUACUUCAAGGACGUGGCCGUCAAGUAUGAUCUCGAGAAGUAUGUGCAGUUGGAGACUACGGUCGAGAGUGCUGAGUGGAACGAAGAGGAGGGGAAAUGGAAAGUGGCUGUGCUUGGACCAGAUGGGAAGAGAACAGAGGAUUGCUGUGACAUUCUCAUAUCUGGAUCCGGUGUGCUGAAUUCUUGGAAGUACCCUAAAAUACCAGGCCUCGAUGUGUUCAAAGGCAAGUUAAUGCAUUCAGCAAAGUGGGACAGUAAUUAUGACCUUACUGGCAAGCGCGUUGCCGUCAUCGGUGGGGGCUCCUCUGCCGUGCAGAUUGUUCCUAACAUCCAGCCCACGGUCGGGAAAUUAUACGCCUUCCUGAGAUCUCCAGUAUGGGUGACGACGGGUUUCGGAGCGAAGCAUGCCGGCCCUGGGGGAACAAACUUUGAAUACUCUGGAGAACAGAUUAAGAAGUGGCACGCAGAUCCAGAAAGCUACCAACAAUACGCACGCGAUGUUGAAGGCGAACUGAACAAGCGCUUCAACCUCAUGCAUAUGCACUCGAAGGACCAGAAAAGCUCGCGAGAACUCAUCGCGGAUAUUAUGAACGACAGGAUCGGAAACGAAAAAAUCUCGAAAAAGCUGGUUCCGGAUUUCGCGCUAGGGUGUCGUAGGAUGACGCCUGGACAAGGCUACCUCGAGUCCCUGAGCAAAGAGAAUGUAGAAGUGAUCCAUUCAUCCGCUGUGCGCCUAACCGAGACUGGGAUUGUAGACGAGAGCGGGAUUGAACAUGAGGUCGAUGUCGUGAUCUGCGCAACGGGAUUUGACACUUCAUUCACGCCGCACUUCAAGAUGACUGGUCGUAAAAAUGCAGACAUCAAGGAGCAAUUUGGAGACUUUCCCAUCGGAUAUCUGGGCAUAACAGUUCAGAACUUCCCUAAUUUCUUCCUCAUCAUUGGCCCUAAUGGGCCCGCAAGCCACUCGUCCAUUCUACCCAUCCUUGAAUGGUAUACGCGAUAUGCCUUCAAGAUGAUCACGAAGUUCCAGACUGAGAACAUCAAAGCGUUCGAGGUCAAGGCUGCCGCUGUCAAAGACCUGUAUAACCACACUCACGAGCUUAUGAAGCGACUCGUCUGGUCAUCUGCGUGUCGGUCCUGGUUCAAGAACGGGAAAACGCAUGGUCCUGUGACAGCUAUCUAUCCUGGGAGCCGGCUGCAUUUCUUUGAGCUAUUGAAGGAGGUGCGGUGGGAGGACUACGACCUGGAUUAUCGCACUGGUAACCGAUUCCAGUUUUUGGGGAAUGGGUACACUUUUACGGAGAUGUCGCCGGAUGGAGAUCCUGUAUGGUAUUUUGAUGAUGACUUCACGAAGAUAUAGAAGUAGACAUAGACAAUUAGGGCAGGCUAUAAACUGAUAGCGAGGGCUUACCGCUGAAAGGUC